AAAUAUAAAUUAUGGCCAAAUUAAAAGGAAAAGGAAAUAAAAAAAAGAAAACCCAUGUCAUCGAAAAACCCAAAACCAGAAAAGAACAACGCAAAGAAAAGAAACUUUUGAAAAAAGAAAAUAAACGCAAUUAUUUCUCCAAGUCACUUAAAACCAAGGUAAAUUCUGAACCGACAGGUGGACCUGUCCACAGAGGUCUUCCACCUCCUCCAAAAAGUGACGACGAUGAUGAUGAUGAAAUUCCUUCCGACUUCUCAGACGAAGAAGUCGAUGCGAUUAUGAACUUGAAGCCAAAAAAGCAAGAAAAACCUGUAAAAAAGUCUAAAGUUCAAGUACCGGGACGUCUUGAUCCCGAUGAAAUCCAUCGACGUGAAAUGGCCAAACAAAAAGACUUGGAAAAGGCUUCACAGAAAAAACGAAUGAAGCAAUUAAAAGUUGCCAAUGAAGAAGAAGAUAUAAUUAUCUCCAAAUUGGAAAAGAAAUUAAAGAUAAACAAGAGUAAAGACAAGAAACGACUGGUCCAAAAGAUGUUCAACGAUGGUUUGGACUAUGCAUUGGAAUUUUGUCUUGAUGAUGAUGAGAAUGACAAGAAAUUGUCGAAAAAUAAAAAGCAAAUGCCACAAGAAGAUGACUUUGGCUCUGAUUUCGACGAAGGUAUGGACGAUGACGAUGAGGAAGAACCUCUCACUGAUGGGUCUUUUGGUGCAGACAGCAAUGAAGAAGGUUCUGAAAGUGAUGGUAGUGAAGAUGAAACUCCCAAAGUUAAAGAAGACAUUUAUGGUCGCAAACGUGAUAACGACGGCAAUAUCAUCCCAGAAUCAACAACCACUUCUCCAGCUACAGGGAAAUAUAUUCCACCUCAUCAACGUGCAGCUGCUGCUGCAGCAGCAUCCUCUUCCGACAGCAACACCAAUCGAAAAGAACAACUUGCUCGUUUGAGUAAAAACUGUAAAGGUUUCCUAAAUCGACUCUCCGAAGUGAAUCUUCACAAAAUCUCCAACAGCAUUGAAAAACUCUACAUGAGUCAUUCCCGUCAUGAUAUGAAUGAAACGUUGUAUGCUCUUCUUUCAGAAGCUCUAUUAACAAAAUCCCUUUGCAAAGAAAGAAUGAUACAAGAACAUGUUGUUCUAUUGGCAUAUCUCCAUGCUUCUGUUGGGACAGAAAUUGGUGCUCAUUUCUUACAAAUGUUCAUUGUCAAAUUCGAUGAACACCUUCAGAAUAUAACCGAAAACACUGACAUUGAAAAUAAGCAACUUAACAAUUUGGUUCUGAUUCUAUCCUAUCUCUAUUUGUUCAAAGUAUUUGAACACAAUCUUCUCUUAGAAUUGAUUGGCAAACUGGGAGAUAAUCUCUGCGAAAAGACAGUUGAAUGUCUCUUGUUGAUUUUUCAAUCUGUUGGAUUUAAGCUUCGCAAAGACGAUCCAUUGGCAUUUAAGAAUAUGAUGAAUGGUAUUCAAAAGAAAAUCGCUGAAUCUUCAAUGGAAAUGAAAGAGAAUUUGCGUUUAAAGUUCAUGGUCGAUAUUCUGAAUGCCGUCAAGAAUAACAAUAUAAACAAAAUCCCACAAUUUGACCCUGAACUUGGUGAGAAUUUGAGAAAGAAAUUGAAGGCCAUGUUGACGAAUGAUAAAUACGUCAUCACUUUGAAUAUAACAAUCGAUGAUUUGUUGCGAGCUGAUGAAGUCGGUAAAUGGUGGAUUGUUGGCUCAGCAUGGAGUGGCAAUAUCAAAGAUAUCAAUGCCGCCAAUAAACCCUCAUCUUCAUCGCUUCCCAAAUCUGAGAGAUUCAGUGAGAAACUCUUAACAUUGGCGAAACAACAAAAAAUGAACACAGACGACAGGAAGAACAUCUUCUGCAUUGUGAUGAGUGCUGAAGAUUAUGUAGAUGCCUUUGAGAAGAUUCUUCAUCUUGCUUUGAAAGAUCAACGAAGCAUAGCUUAUGUGAUACUUCAUUGCAAUUUGAACGAAGCCAAAUACAAUCCUUAUUAUGCGCAUUUGGCUCAGAAAUUUUGCCAACACAAUCGUAAGUACCAGCUGGCUUUCCAAUUUGCGUCUUGGGAUCGUAUAAAUGACAUUGCUGGUUUGAGCAAUCCGCAGAUUAAGAAUCUGGCCAAGUUCUUGCUUCAUUUGAUAAAGCAAGGAGGUCUAGCACUGUCUGUGUUGAAGGUGGUGAAUUUUGUGGAUUUGGACAAGUCUAACUUUGUCCUAAUGAAAGAGGUUAUGGUGGGUAUUUUGCUCUCAUCGGAAGCAGAUUGUCUCCAGAUAUUUGAGAAGAUUGCAAAGAAUGUGAAACUGAAUGUCUUCAAAAACAGUAUAAGACUUUUUAUGCAGCAUUUCCUACUAAAAAACGAAGCUUCCCUGAAAUUGGACGAUGAAAAGAUGACCCUACUCAAGAGGAGAAUAGAUUUAGUUGAUAAACUUUUAGCUUAUGUUGACCUUUAGUUAGAAAAAUAUAAAAAAAAAAAACAAAGAUAAAUAUCUGAAGUAACUUCCUGUU